AUGCGCGAAAGUGGCGAAAAGGAGGCGCAGGAAGAUAACGAGCAGGAGAGGGGGCCGAACUGGAGCUGCUACAAACUCAUCGUCGAUCCGGUCCUGAAAGGUGGAACCGAAAAGCUCUACCGCUAUGAUGGGCAGCACUUCAGCUCAGCGAAUCCUGGAAUUCCCCCUGUGGAUAACGUCAGAGAUCCCAGAGUUGCUCGCUUUUGGACAAAAUUCAAAGAGACGGAUCUGCCAGUACCCAAGUUCAAGAUUGAUGAGAAUUACGUUGGACCGCCAAAGGAGGUGACGUUCGGCAGACUGAAUGACAACAUUAAGGCUGUUUUUUUGACGGACAUGUGUAAAAAGUUUGGGCAGAUCCAAGAGGUGGAGGUUCUGUACAAUCCCAGGAAUAAGAAGCAUUUAGGAAUAGCCAAGGUCAUCUUUGAAACCGUGAGAGGGGCAAAUGACGCCGUGCAAAAACUUCACAACACCUCUGUUAUGGGAAACAGCAUUCACGUGGAGUUGGACCCAAAGGGGGAAAAGAGGAUGCGAUACUUCCAGCUGCUUGUGAGUGGGUUGUAUACCCCAUUCACUCUCCCUUUAGGGGAAGAAGCCUGGGGUCCUCAGUCACCAUCAUACAGCUCUGACUCCCACAGUGAGUAUGAACCAGCGAAGCAACUGACACAUGGGUUAUUGUCUUCAUCGCUGUCCUUAUCUUCGGGACUCCUUAGCUCUACCCCAUUUGAUGGUUCCACCCCUCUUUCCAUGGACACCGCCUACUCCAGCAUGCAUCAGGAUACACCCAGUAGUAGCUUCUGGCAGACCCCUCAGUACCAGGACACGCCAUGCACCUCUCCUAUGUCCCACAGUAACCCAGGAACCCCACCUCAGUGUGAGGGACUUCCUAAUUUGUCCCAGUUGAUAGACAUGCAGGUACAUGGUGCCUCCGGCUCAAGCAUGACUCCACUUAUUUUGUCAGAUUCUCAGAUCGCCCACCACAGACCUCACCUGGUCCAACUAACCCCAAACACAAGGCAGGGUGCAUUAAUUAGCAUCAUACCAAGCUCAAGGUCUUCUAAAGGCCAUAUGGUGGCGGGUUUUCAGUCUCGUCCCAUGGGCAGGACCUCUCGGGGUGGGCACAGGGGCCAAGUUUGGGGGCCUAAGUACCAGAAUGCGUAUAACCGUAGGCCAGAGCACCGCUAUGUGCACAGACCUGUCUUCAAUAGACCUAAAUAUCGCUCUGGACCUACAAGCAGUCUAGUGCCUUUACCUGCUCAUUCACAGCCAGAUAAGCCUCUUAUAUCUCCUGUGCAGUGUAGAAGCAGCACAGACAAAUCUACAAGACAUUUGGGACAGAAAACAUUGGCUUACAUUAGCACAGCCAGGGAAGUACCUGGUAAUCCCUCUGCAGCAUGCGUGGACAAGUUGACGUCACCAAUAUCCCAAAGUGCCAUGAGGGCCCAAAGGUACUCUAUGCAAUCAGAGAAGGCACUGCUUUCGGAGCCACUGGGGAAAGCUUUGGAAAACCCCCUCAAAACACCUUCCACCAGAGACCUUCUAUGUACCUCUCCGCCUCAGAUACUCGAUCUACAGCAGGGGAAAAUGGCUAGGAUUCAGAGCCCAGAACGGUGCACCUCUCCUGGGCCAGAGAGAAGCCCCUCAACUAGGUCACCUGUUCCAGACCCGGCCCCUAUCAGCCUGGACUCCCGGAUCCAGAUGCUUCUAGGCACUCACGGAUCAGAUCUUCUACCAAAUGAGGAUAACUCAGACUUGGAUACCCACUCUGAAGACCAUACUAUAGCCUCUCCUGACAUUCUCCAGCAGUCCUCCAAAUCUUGUCCUCCCUCACCUCACUCUGCUGGUGUUCCUGCCAGUUUUGGGCUCCAUGACUCUGUUGAUAAACAGGAAGGAUUUUCUGGGUCAGGUAUUGAUGAUGUGAGUCCUACCCCACUUCCAGACUCUGCAGAAGAAGGAGAGUUAUCUCCACCAAGCGGCAAGCACCUGUCCAAGAUAUCCGUAAUUUCAACCCUUUGCUCAUCUAAUCGCAUGACAUCUUCUGAACAAACAGAUAUGAUCAAGCUGUUCCUAAGAGAAAGUGAAACUUCAGAUCAGCUUGUCAGUCCUGGGACCUGCGGAGGAGGUUCCUCACCUGCUCCUCCUAUUUUCCGAAUGCCUCCUCCACCUGUUCUUCUCCCUCCACCUGGCUUCCCUUCCCUACCACCACCGAUUCUGCCCCCGAACAUACCCACUCUACAUGGUCCACCUCCUUUACUGCCUCGGCUUACCCCACCUCCUCCUAACCUCUCGGUACCCCCUCCUCCUUUUUAUCCCCCACCAAAGCUCCCCGUGGGGCAGGUUACCAGGCCCCCAAGGUGGGCAAGUCCUCCAGCACCUCUUCCUAUACCUACCAGAAUAACGCAGGGGAAAACCCUUCCCAUAUAUUCCCCUCCUUUUCCCAUUCCACCACCUCCUUCAGCUUUUCCAGGGGUUGCUGUUCCUCAAGAUGGAGUCAGACAAAGACAGUGUCCUCCUUAUCCCUCUAUUGGGGGCUCAGCUGCUGUCCCAGGAUACAGACCCCCAUGGCCACCUCCAAUCCUGCCUGUAUUUGAUCCUUCAGUGCCACCACCAGGAUACAUCCCCGUGAGAGAAUCCCCCCACAAGAUCACAGUGGAUGGCGUGCUAGCUGCUGUAGCUGCUGAGCUUAGGACCAUAGUGAAAAAAGACAUUCACCGCAGGGUGGUGGAAGGCGUAGCUUUUGCUGCGUUUGACCAAUGGUGGGAUGUGAGAGAGCGCACAGCCAAGGUAUCUGUAGUACCUGUGAAGCCUGGAGAGAGUAAAGAGGCUCUGAAGCCCAGGGUCCUGGAGCCGUGGCAUCCAGUCGAGGGCACCGGACCAGAGGGUAUGCCAUUGGGCACAGGACUGGCAUUGGGCCUCCGACCUGCUCUCAAAUUGCCCUCCUUUAAGGUGAAAAAGAAGGACCCCUCUGGUGAGGAUGCGAAAAGGGCCUGCCCCCCUUCACCUGGAGUCUCUGAGGAUGGAGAGUUGCUAUCAGAAGCAGAGCAGGACGUGAUCAUAGAGGAUAAAGCAGUGGAUGAGUCUCGGACAAGAGCUGAGAUCUCUACAGUAAAACGGAGACAUGCCAGACCUCUGCAACUGGAUAGUGAUGAAGAGGGGGAUGUAGAGGAGGAGGACUUUGAGAAGAUGGAAGAAUCGAGGUCCAGAAAAGAUGAUGCCAAAGAAACAGAGCUUCCUGUUACUGAUCAGGAGGGGGAGAGUGAUGGGGAGGGAGAAGAUGAAGAAGACAGAAAAGAAGAGAGGCAUUCAGGUCUGAGGGAGGAUGAAGAUCACUCAGACAAAGAGGUGAUUAGCAUAGCAUCAUCAAGCCUGCUCUCGGAGUCCUUAUCGCCCUCUGGCCUGGAUUACGACUCCUCCAUCUCAUCAAGACCUGAAUUUGACUCCUCUGAUGAAAGUCAGUAUUCCUCAGUGUCCUCUGAGGAAGAAGAUGAGGAAGAAGGUGCUUCCUCUGACAGUCCUGCAGAGGAGAGAGCAGUGGAAGAGAUCUGGAUCUCAUCAGAUGAAGAGGAUGUGGAAUAUGAGGAAGUGGCUCACACUCCGGCUCGUUCAUCUGUGAUCUCCUGGGAGGAUGAGCUUGACCCCCCUCUGACCCCAUCAGCCCCAGUGUCCGGUGAUGGAGAUCUGGACCACGCACUCCUGGAUGCUGAUCCAGAGGAGGAACUGAGGGUCAGAGUGUUUCUGCAAGGCUAUGGAUGCCAAGAUCCAGUCACACAGCACUUAUCUAACAAACUAGAGCUGCCUGAUCCAGCUGUGCUGUCUUCAGCCCAGGAGCCAGAGCUGCAGUGCCCACCAUCACCGUCUUAUAAAGCCUUCUCCUCUGAUGAUGGGUUGGAGACUCAAUCUGAGACUGAAUUGGAUCAGGAAGACACCAUGGAAACACUAGAAGAUUCCGGCAACCUCAGACCCCCUACGCCUACCGGCUCAAUGUCCGAGACUGAUCCUGACCUUGAGCUUAGGCACAGACUGUCACCCCCUGUUGCCACAGAGGAGGAACUACCCCAUACUCCGGGGGGAGGAAUGGAGAUGGAGGCUGAAAUUGCAGUUCUUUCUCUUUGUCCUCCUACUCCACUACCCCCUCCCCCAUCUCCUACUGGCCUCCAUCGCUUCCCUUCACCUCCUAUUUACUUCUCCCCUCCUCCAUUACCCUCCACAUACCCUGCCUAUGAGGAAACCCCAAAAACGCCAGGCAGAUCCAAGCAAGAGCGCAUCUCAGGGAUAGUAACAACAGCAAGAAAUUCACAAGAUGCUGUACUCAGGAUGGCAAUGCAUGGUCCAUUCUCUCCAUCCUUCACCUCUCCUUCACCCCAUGCAGGCAACUGCAUCCCUAGGACUCCAGGAAGGGACAUAGCACCCCCUUCGCCCCUUUCAGACCACAGUGACAUAAGCUUUCACCACAGGGAACGGUGUUAUGGUCAGAGUUCUGGCUGGAACACUAGAUAUUCUCCAUGUUCUUCUAGUUCCUCUGCCUCAGAGACAACCAGCUCCAUACGUAGGUCUCCAGAUUUAGCUACGGAUCGAGAUUUUGUACGACAGCAACUGAAGUUCUCCACGAAUCGGACUGCAAGUUUGGAUGCAGCAUGUCUCAAAAAGAGAAAAGAACGGUUCCAGCACAAAAGAAGAAAGAUUCUCUUGCAGAGAAAUAGACUCAGUCGAGAUGCAGAUGCCUUCUCUUGCACAUCAGCUAGAGAUUUGAUUCAGAAAUCUUCCUGGGAGGCAGCACCAGGUUUUAAUGGGGAAUUGAAUGGGGGCCAAGCAGAGGUCCAGAGGUCCAAGAAGCCACUACAGGGGCUAGAAAACAGAGUGGAAAACAGGCUCCAGCCAAGAAGAACAGAGAACCAUGUGCUUCCAGAGCCACUGGACCAGUGGAGAAAGAGGAGAUGGUGGUCACAGAGCUCUCUGUAUUGGCGGCGCUUUUCUCUGCGUUCUGAGCGCAGAGAGAAGCUGGUCCUUCAUGCUGUCUGGACCAAAGGGGUGAACGUGGAGGAGAUUGGCCACCUGCGGGCCUCUUAUGAGAGAAUGCUGGAGCAGGACAGCAGCUGUAACUGGCUGAACAACACACACUGGGUUCCUCACCCUCAUACCGCACCUACCAGCGUUCCUGAUGAAAGGCUGAGCGCAUGGAGCGAUGUUCGGUAUCACAUGACUGGGAGCGCACGGACAGAGGGAUAUUACUUCAUCAGCAAGAGGGAUAAGCUAAGAUACCUGCGUCACACGCACACCGCCUCAGAGGAACCUUCACACGACUCUCAGUGCAAGAACACUCAAGCUCAGCUUCCAUCAUCAUCCCGGUCUGGAUCAGAUUUCCGUGCGGAGCAGCGCCGCCUGCUGUCCUCUUUCAGCUGUGACAGCGAUCUACUCAAGUUCAACCAGCUCAAGUUUCGGAAGAAGAAGCUGCGUUUCAGCAGGAGUCUUAUCCAUGACUGGGGCCUGUUUGCAGAGGAGCCAAUAGCUGCAGAUGAGAUGGUGAUCGAAUACGUCGGCCAGAGCAUUCGGCAGGUGAUAGCAGACAUGCGUGAGAGGAAAUACGAGCAGGAGGGCAUCGGCAGCAGCUACCUGUUCAGAGUCGACCAGGACACCAUCAUCGAUGCCACAAAAUGUGGCAAUUUGGCCAGGUUCAUCAACCACAGCUGUAACCCAAACUGCUACGCUAAAGUCAUCACAGUUGAAGCUAAAAAGAAAAUAGUCAUCUAUUCUCGCCAGCCAAUUGCCGUCAACGAAGAGAUCACGUAUGACUACAAAUUCCCCAUCGAGGACGAGAAGAUCCCGUGUCUGUGUGGAGCGGAGAACUGCAGAGGAACCCUCAAUUAGAACUGCAAGGGAUGAAACCCUUCAUCAUAAUAUCACGACUUCAUUAUCACAUCAUCAGCCAUCACUAAAACACCCUGACUGUUGUUUUACACACAUUCAUAAAGAAUAUGUGACACAUUUUAGGCCUUGUUUUGGCUACAAACAUGUUGCCUACAGGUGCACCAUGUAUGUAGAUCUGUGAAGUGGUUGCACAAGUAUUAUGGGUUGUAAAAGCCUAUGCAUAGUGUCCCUUCAGUUAAGUGGUUACUACAGGUGAUGCAGUGAGGGUAGAAGCCUCAGGGGUCCACGUUCAAACAAUGAAAUGGCCAGUUUUAAAGUGCCCCUGAUCAAACAUGCACCUCUAGAAAAUAACCAGCAGAGGGCAGCAUGCCACACGAUUUUGUGAAGCUCGCAGCACUUGUACAUUUUUUUUUUUGUAUUUAUAACACGGGCAGAAGAUGAAGUGUAUGGGUUAAAUAC